GGAGUAUGAUUGGGAGCUUAUGACUUUACUGAGCCCUUGGUGUUUCAGUAAAACAGUUCCAACUUUGGCGGCAUGAGAAUUUUCAGCAAUAUCAGAGGCUUAAGUGAAAUUUAGUGUUUUAUCAAAAGUUUGAAUGACGUUUAUGCAAAAAAGAUCCCUUUAACAAUUAGUUUCUCUAGCAUCUUUUGAUAACAUCAUCAUUUUCAUUUGGCAUUCACUCCUUGCAAGACUUUUGAGAAUUUUCACUUGUUACAAUAAGACCUGUCACCGCACUCCUGUUUUACUUGAUAUUAUUUCUGCAAUUCAUGUUCUGCUUGAGAACUUGAUCGUUGCCUCAAAAUAUGAAUGUGGCUUCAAAUAAUCAUUUUUUCUCCUUCUCAAGAUCUCAAAGUGCAUAACAGUAAAGAUCCAUCCUGUCAUCAACUUGCUUUCAUAAAUUUCUGGAGACUUGAUUUCAAGUUCACAUGCGAACGUAUAAAUCGCCGACAUAGCUUUUGGGUUCGAUGUUCUUUUUUAUUGACUACAAUUGUUGGAUAUCUAGCCUGCAUGUUUGUCUUCCUUGCAUGAUUAUUGCUAGCCUGCGAGCCUAAAGUCUCAUUUCUGAGAUUCCUGCAAUCAUCCCUCAUUUGACAUUUGUUGUGUCCAGUAAUGCACUUCAGUGACCCAUCAUCAACAUGGAUCCUUCAUUAGAAGUCACAUAACAUCAAUUGCUGUUUUUGCCACUGCAACCAAGUCCCUUUAGCAAGAAAGCCAAAACCAAUUACUCGGACCUAGCCAUGAUUGUUGUGGUUGGGAUUCCCACCUGAUGCUAACACCAUAUUUCGCAGGUUGCCAACCUGACCUGAUUACACUAGUUACUGGGCAAGUGGGUUCAUUUUCAGGUCAGAUUACAUUAAAGUUAGGUAUUUUAUUAGUUGGAUUGUGCUAGGUUUAUAUUUACUUGGCCUAACUCACCCAAGAUCACCCCAUAGAGCUCUUGCAGUCCUGCGCAACAACGCCACGGUCGGCAUGACCUUUCAUUAUCAAAUUUGACAGCAUAAGUUUACACCAAGCAUGUCAAAAUGUGGAGAGGAAAUCUUGUUUUUUGCAAACUCAAAUCUAAUGGUUAGCUUAGUACGAUCUCAUGUCUUCUUUGAUCUAUUAGUUAAACUAAACCGUUAAUGACAUCUUUGAAGCUUAAGGAAACAUUCCUCAUAUUUAUAUUAUCCACACUCAUUAUUUUUUUUUUCUUUCUUUUUGGGAUCUAUUAGUGAUGUCCACACCCAACAUUCCAGAUGACAAACAGGUUGGCUUAAAAGAGUCAAAUAAAGCAAUACCUUUUUUUUCUUCAAAUAAAGCAAUGCUUGAAGCCGUGCUUCUCUCUCUUAAGUCACUUCCACGACAAGCCAUUAUGCUUCAACAAGUUGUGUUCCUUGUUGCACCACCUUAACACUUUUUAAGCAAUUGCUUUCCAUCAAUCCCCUCCUCUCUUCCUCUUUCUCUUUUCUUGCUCUCCUUCAAUCUCCCAGAACCAAUGUCCGACACCCUGGAAGACUGCAGCCUAUUCGCUGUGGAUUGCAUGGUGGUAUGCUGUUGCUGCCCUUGUUUGCUCCUCCAAAUCACGGUGUUCCUCUUCAUCAGAUUACCGCAGAGAAUGGCAGUGAAGUCGAAGAAGAUCGUGCUGCGAAAGCUCCGAAAGAGACUGAAGAAAUAUGAAUAUGUGAUUGGAGAGAGCGACGACUUGGAGAGAGGAGAGGCAUUAGGAGUUCAAGGAGUGAAUGAUGUUAUUAUUGAAGGGAAGAGUUGGGUUGGUGAUAGGAGUUCUUUCUUGGAAUCUGAGAAGAUGUGGGAGGAGUUUGUUGAGGAAGAAGGUCUGUUCUGGUUUGGCAGCUUUUGGGGCACAGAAAGUUGAUGUCAGAUUGGCUUUGUUUUCAUGUACAUGAAGCUAUUCCAAAUCUAUUUAUAUGAAUGAAUCCUUUGCGACGCCAACUCCAAUUUGUAAUUCACUGCUUGAGUCAAUUUAGAAAUGCAGGGCAUUCGAAGUCGAAGAAUUUUCUGAUGCUUUUAUGAUCUUGGUGGCACAAUAAGUUUGAGUUUUUUUGGUGAGACCAGGACAUGGCUCAGGAGCAUGAUGAGGUGCAAGUGUGGCAUGCUCAGGCAUCGUUCAGGUGCGUGGUUGGGUUCAAGUUUAGGCUUUCUUAGAAUCUAUGAAGGCUCAACUAUAAUAGCUUUUUGAAUGUGGGGCUGAGGAUGGUGGCAGGCUCUUGCAACAGCUAAAUUGCCAUGCAGGUAAAAAGGGAGGGUGAGUUGGGUAAACUAGAUGUAGGAAAUGAGCUUGAAUCUAAUCCAUGUAAAGAGAGAGAGAGAGGGGAAAAAAAAAAUAUAAAGGACAGCUCAAGAUUGUCACAAGAGAUUAAAUUGGAUGUACAUCAUGGACUUGAAGGGGGAAUAGUCUUUUUAUCUGUAAUUGCAUACUAGCAUAGUGCACAUGCCAUGCCCAUGAAGAAUCUGUCGAUCGAUAUGCUAGCUUGUGAAGAAUAAUUAGAUCGCAACAAAUAUUAGAUAUGUCAAUCAAUUUCUAUAAGCAUGGUCUAAUAUGUUUCAAUAUCUGUCAAGUGCAAAGAAACUAUUUACAUGAAAAUGAGUAUGAUUUUGCUCUAAAUUUUAGAAUUCAACAACCAAUUUGUAAAGAUAUGUGCCAAAUUGGACCUCAUUCAACCAUCUUAUUUCUUUAAGAUAUUAUAUCUUAAUCCUAUAUGCCCUAGUCAAGUUGAGGAAAUAUGAUCUCUAAAUUAUAAACUAUUAUCAUGAUAAUCACCAUUAGACUCCCACUUCUCAAUAAUCUCUCUCUCCCUCUCUCUAUGUUUUUUUUUGGUUGAAAUUCUCUUAGGCAUCACACUUUUCGCGAUCUCUUCGGAAAAACUUGCAUGUUUAGUCUUUAGGAAAAAUGAUGGGCAUGCAAAUUUUAGGAUUUAAACUUGGAAGAACAUUGCAAUACUUGUGUUGAGGAGAGGGAUGCAAUUAUAUAUGUUUCAGUAGUGUUUAUGCUGUCUUAAGAUUAGUAACAUGGAUAAUGUUUGUCUCCAUUCAUAAGCACAAUUUGAUAGAAAUAUAAUAUGAAUAUCCACUUAGCACUGUCAUUAGUUGCCUGCAGUUGCACCAA